AUAAAACAAACAAAUGAAAAUAAACUUAUUAAUCGCAUUCAAAAAUGAAUUUAAUCCAAUUAAAAAUGUAUAUAUAGACGGACGGAGGCCCAUUAGGAGAGGAAAGAAAAAAAGAGAUAGUUAAAUAAAACUUUUUACGAUACGAAAAAGACAAAACGGGACGAUAAAAAGAGUUUUAAGUGCACGGGUAGUAAUGUCAGUCAUUUUAAAAAGCAGAAAUUAAGAGACAUUUAACAGUCGACGUCGACAUUGUGACACACAGUCGACCCUACACCUGAAGUAGCAGCGACGUCACAUCAUGACGUAUGUGCCGGGGGUCCUUCCGGUUCCUCAUGACGUCACAGUUAGGGUGAAGACGAAAAAUGGCGGAGUGUUCCAUCGCCCGCUGUUCCCAAGAGCGACGCUUCUUUCGUAAGGAAUUACAAAAGUGGAGUAGGGAUGUUUUAUUUGUCGUGGGUUUGGAACGUGUUGCUGAAGAAUUAAUGGGGGCAGGGAAAUGGAAAAGAUUAACAAAACCUUUUAAAGAAUUAGAAACAAAUGAACCAGAAGAUUGGAGCCCAGAGGAUAUUUGUUACUUUUGUAAUGCAAAGAAACAGCCACCUUACGAUCCUGCUAGUGGUGUAAUGCAUGGUAUUGAUGGGUAUAACUCUUUUAAGGUUGAUGCUGAUGAUCUUUCUACUUCAUCAGAUCAAGGUAUAGUUCCAGUUUCAUUUCCAUCAGGAUUUUUAUUGCCUUGGUGUACGUCCUAUGGUGGUCCAACUUCUCCAUCUUCCCUCUCUGAUCAACCACUGGAUCUCAGCAUGCAUUCAUCUCGUCGAACAUCAGAUAAAGAUAAAUCUAGGGGAUUAUUCUAUGUAUCACCAUCAAUCCGAAAUAAUGGAGAAAGUACACAUGAUAUACCAAAAAGAAGUGUUCUGAAAGUUCCACAAAUACCAAUGAAUCAUGGUCACAAAAAGCGAUUAGAUUCAAACUGUAAGCGUUCCUAUACAGAAGAUGAAUUACAAGCUGCCUUGCGUGAUAUUCAAAGUGGGAAGUUAGGUACACGUCGAGCUGCAGUGAUUUAUGGAAUACCGCGAUCUACAUUGAGAAAUAAAGUUUAUAAACUUGCUAUGGAAAGAAAUAGAGGAACUCGAAAUAAUACAUCAAAAAUAUGUAACGGUGGGAAAAAAGCUGAAGCAGACCAAAAGGAUAAAGAUAAAGAUAAAGAAAGCAUUGAAUCUGAAAAAUCCACAUCUUGCAAGCAAAGCAGUGUUACAGCAUCUGCCAGUGAAUCACUAAGGCAACUUUUGAAAAACACUAUUACACAAAAGACACAAAGUGUCAGUAAAAAUAAUGAUAAGCAUAAAUCAGAUAUAAAUCAACUACAAUCAAAUCUAUUUUGUAAUCCAGAAGCCACAGAUGAUAUAUUAAGUACUUUGGAAUACAAUCAAGCAUUGGCUCCUUUUUUAUCUCAGAUAAUUUCAAAUAUUCAACAAGUCGCACUUUCUAAAUAUAAAGAAAACUACAAUAAUCCAACGAUUUCUGCCUUAAAAGAUGACCUCAAGUUGCCAUUACUUCAAGAUUUGAUUCGUCGCCUUAUGGAAGAACGAUUUGUUAUUGAAAGGGAGCAACAUCAUGAUUCACAAAAAAGUCCUCAGGAAAGCAGUGCGGCAGAAGGUUCAAUUGAUGAUGGUGGUGCUGACUCAUCUGCAAAUGUGAUACUAAAGAUUCCGUCCUACAAACCCGCCAAAUCACCUCCUACAAACAGUGAUACUGUGGUCUCUAGUUCCCCUGUAUUGCCUUCAUCAUCCUGUACAUCUGGCUCCUCGUCUUCAUCUAGUCAUGGCCAUGCAAGGAACAAGGGAAUCACUGUAUCAUUAAAAGAAUUAAUAGCAAGAAGUAUCAGUCAGAAAGUCAAUAAUAGUCACUUGUUUGAAGAUGGUCCACCAUCUAAAAGGCCUCAUGUUUCUAAUGACGCAAAGUGUUCUAAUAAUAACAGCACAUCGUGCACACCAUCUGCAAGUCAUAAACAAUCUGUUCACUAUAAUUCUUCUUCUGUUGAUAAUUCUAAAUCAGAAAAGCGCACUCGUCCAAAGCGGGGACGAUAUCGGAAUUAUGAUAGAGAUAAUCUGGCACGUGCAGUGCGUGCUGUCCAAAGAGGUGAAAUGAGUGUACACAGAGCAGGGACUUAUUUUGGGGUACCACAUUCAACUCUAGAAUAUAAAGUGAAAGAACGUCACCUCUUAAGACCUAGAAAACGAGAAAACAUUGCUAGUUCCUCCAAUAUUGGAUCUUGUUCAUUAUUAUCAAAGAGUGGUCAGAGUCCCAUAACAAAUGUUAAAAACACUAGCUCUAUUGGAACCAAUGGUUCGAAUAGUAAAACGCAGAAGAAUAAUUCAGUAUCCGAAAAUAUUGACCCCCCUAAUGGAUUAAAGUCUUUGAUGGAUUCUGAACAGUUUGCUAUGGGUCUGUCUCUGCCGUCCCAGUUAUCAUUAUGGCAAACCAUGCCAUUCUUUUCGAUGGAUUUUUCACAAUUAAAUUCCAAUAAUUUCUUUGCUUCUCAAAUGAUGAGGAAGUUACAAGAAAAUGCCCGCCUUCACGAGGAAGCCCAACAAAAACGAAAGAACCAAGAUAUUGGAAUAUUAGAAACCUUAAUUAAGUCAACAUUGGAACGGUCAAUAUCACCAGAAAGGAAGUCAUCAUCAGCACCAGUGUUAAUGUCAGCUGAAUCGUCCACUGCUUCUUCAGAAAAGACAGAGGACAAUACAAAUGAUGUAGCUGACAAUAAAUGAGAGAUUGCUUGUAAUUUUGAAUGUGAAUAAAAGAAUAGCCUGAAGUGCUAUUACAAAAGCACUCUAAACAGUAAAAAAAAAAAAAAAAAAAAAAAAGGGGUAUGAACACUCCUCAGCACUUUGCUACAUAUAUUGCACGGGGUGCCUUUAGAACAGGCUUAUGUGUUUUGCUUAAAGGAAUGUCCAAAAGAGAAAGCUAGUCUUUACUUACUGUGAUCCUUUCAAGCUGAGAAAAAAAUCAUUCCUGAAAAAAUGUGUUGUCUUAUAUUAAUAAACAUUUUAAAAAAAUUGUAAUAUUAUAUUGAGAAAAUAAGUGGUUUUUAUGUGCAGCAAUGGUGUAAUAUUUGGAAGUUAGGGCCCAUACUACGAAAUAGGGAUCAUAUCUCUGUGAUUUUACUUCCAUUUAGGACACGCUAUUUGGAUUGAAGUACACACAUUGUUGAUAGAUCUCAAUUUAUGUUCUCAAAGAAAAUUUGUACAGUAGUAUUCUAAAGCACAGAUUAUUAAUGUUAAGCAACUGCAGGGGCGGUGCUGUUUUGUGAUAACUGGAUAUAUAUAUAUAUAUAUACAUACACAUAUAUAUACAUACACAUACACACACACAUACACAUACACACUUACAUAAAUAUAAAUAAAUAAAUAUAUAAAUAUAUAUAUAUAUACCGGUAUAUAUUAGUAGGGGUAUGAUUAUAUUGUCAUAUGGGAGAUCAAUUUUCUUUUUUGCAGAUUAUCUGCAGAAUCCUCUGUGAAAUGGAAAAAAACCAAUUUUCACAUGGAAAAAAGUAAAAAAAUAAAAAGAAAUAGCAUAUUUUUCACAUAUGGAGCUGCACAAUAGCCUGUGAAUGUGGAUUUUUGUGUGUAUUAGUGUUUUUGCCGUUACUAAUGUCAUGUACAAAUUGAGAAAAAAAUUCAAUAUCAACAUUCCACUUUGAACCACAAUGUAAUCCUAAAUACCAAAAAUCCUAUAGUUUCAUUCCAAAUUUUAAUAGCACAAUGUUGGACCAAAUUAAAGUUCAAGGCAUCGAUAAUUCCAUCUGUGAGGUACAGAGAUGACUUUUAUUAGUAAGAAAUUAUUCUUUAGAGUCCAGGGACAAAAUGAGGUACAUGUUAUACUCAUUUAGUUGUUAAAUAGUCUGGCUGGUACAUAGUUUCUCUUAACAGGCUAUGUGCAUGUUUUGGUAAUGUCAAGUACCUGAAACAGAAAUAAACUAACAGAUAACGUUAACUAUUCUGCCUUGCACCAGCAUCGAUUUUUUCACCGGUAGACUACACAUUGUCGCCUUCCCUCGGGGACUUGUACUUUUUGGGGCCUUAGUGGUACCAACCGGAAAAAUACCAUGGGAAUUAUCCCAAUUUAGCUACUAAGCUUUAUACUUUAGACCCCAAAAUAUAAGUUCUCCAAUGGCCGAGUCGGAGAAUGAUUUUUGGGUUAAUGGUAUCAACAGGGUCUAUUGUCCAGUCAUUAAUAUUUAUUAGAAUUACAAUUUCAGGUGUAGAGCCAUUAACAAAUUUGAAAAAAUACGUCAUUGUGUGUUUAAAAUGCUGGAGAAACUUUUACAUUUAGGAAAUCUAUUUUGGAAAACUGUCAUCAGAUCUAACUAAGAUUACAAUGUUUCGUGUUUAUUUUUUAUCUAAAUCAAUUGCCAUCACCGACAUAUGGUGCAAUAUGACCCGUGUCCAUUUUGCUACAGGGAAACUAAAUGUCAAAUGAUUUGCAUAGUGGACCAGUUUUCAUCCCCAAAAAAAAAAAACAGUUUAAAAAAAAACCAAGUCGUUGCCUGAGUGU